GUGGAUAUCUGCCUUCAGACGGUGCCGAGGCGCACCGACACACUCACGUCCGGUGCUCUGAUCCCGGGACGGACUCUCCCCGCCCGCCGUGCUCCCCCACCGGCUCGAGCUGCUGCCCGCAGCCGCCAGGCUUUCCGAGAGCUUCGGCUUCGCCAAGAAACUGAAGAUCAGAGGAGGAAACACCAGAAGGACAAAGUUCAGACUAUGCCAGCGCUACAAGAACAACCCAGACAUUAGCAAAACAUUACAGGAAGAGGAGCUUUUUGCAGCAAAAUGUAGUUCUCCCUAACUUCCUCCAUGCAACAGCUUUGCUUGGCUGAUUUCAUCAGCUGAGUGUAGACCGAGGGACAAAUGGAGCAGGUCGAGGAGGAUCUAAACCUCUCCUUUCUGCUGGAACAUGAAAGAGACAUGAUCCUAAAGGUGCUGCAGAAAGAUGAGAAAUUGAGGAAACGAGAGGAAAAGAGGAUCAGGAAGCUGAAGAAUGAGCUGCUGGAGAUCAAGCGGAAAGGCUCCCGUCGGCCUCAGGAGCUGGAGGAGCGGCAGUGCGCUCGCUGCAUGAAGAGUUUGGGGCUCAUCUUCGACCGUGGAGAUCUCUGCAAGGAGUGUCAGCUGCGCGUCUGCAACGACUGCCGCGUUACAGCUCCCAAAUCGCGCCAGUGGAGGUGUAACGUUUGUGCCAAAAUCUCGGAGCUGAAGGUGGUAACCGGAGAAUGGUUCCUGGAGGAGCGGUCCAAGCGUUUCGAGCAAGGAGUGCCGAGCGGUGAUGUGAUCAAACAGACAAUCAUGAGCAGCCCGAUCCUCCCAGAGAAAAAGUCGACAGAAAACCUGUCAGCCACUUCUGAGUCAGAGAGACCCGACACCCCGAGGUCCACCAGGAGCGCAGUACUCAGCAUUGUAGACGGUGCCAAGAGGAAAGGAAGAAUGAAGAUGGAUAAAAAAGGCAACCGAGCAGCUUUGAAGCCGGAAAACGGAGUCGACAGCGUCAGUGUCAAGUCUGCUUCGGAUGGAGACGCUCAGAGCGUACGAAGUGUUCGCUCUGCUCCGAGUCCACGUUCAAACAGGGGUGGUGUGGUGGCGGUGGAGUCCUCGGGGACGCCCACGGUUCCCAACAACUUGCGUUCCCAAACUCCGGACAAAUCGUCAACUCUCAGCGACAACCGGAGGGUCAGGCCUGACGGAGCGGAGAGCGUUGCCAGUGUGCGCUCCAGUGACAGCGAGAAAAAAGCCACUGGCCAUCACAGGACGAAUUCAGGCACUCCGACCAUUUCUGUGUCCAGGGCCUCUGUGUCAUCAGAUCACAGCCGCUCAGAGAUGGACCUGUCAGCUACUGGUUCUGAACCCAAUGACGACGCCUUCAGCCUCAGGAGCCGCUCAGUCCCUGGGCUCAACGAAGCAGAGUUUUCUGAUGAGGAUGCGGAGGAAGACAUCGAUGCCCUGAUGUCGGCUCACGGCAAGAUCACUGGCCGACGGCUCAGCAACGCACAGUCAACGUCUUCCACUCCCUGCUCAGAGAGGAGGUGGGGGCACCUCAAUGUCCCCGACUCAGAUGCUGAGACUAGUAGUAUAAACAGCAUGAUGAGCAUGUACAGCGAGACCGGUGACUAUGGCAACGCCCGGGUGAGCGGCGAGAUCCUGCUGAACAUCGGCUACAGCUACAAAACCGGCGCUCUCAACGUACUGGUGAAGGAGUGUCACAACCUGGCAACGGGAGACGACAGGAGGCAACGCACUGACGCGUACGUGAAGACGUACCUGCUGCCGGAUACGUCAAGACAGAGCAAGAGGAAGACGAGCAUCAAGGCCAACACCAUUAACCCUGUUUUCAGUGAGAAUCUGAGGUACGUGAUCAGCCACUCGCAGCUGGAGACGCGGACUCUGCAGGUCUCCGUGUGGCACCACGACCGGUUCGGACACAACAGCUUCCUGGGAGAGGUGGAGCUGACCUUUGACUCCUGGGAGUUUGAUUCCCAGAUAGAGGAGUGGUACUCUCUGCAGCCCAAGGUGGAGAGCAACAUGGACUCCACCAUGCAGUAUAAAGGAGAGCUGACCGUCGUGUUGAAGUACAUACCUGCAGAGAAGAACCUCAUGCUGCCGCUGGACCAAGUACAAGUGAAGAAAGGGUUCCUGAAAAGCAAGAAGACGAGCAGCUUCACUUUGCCUAAAGGGGGCAUGGUAGAGCUGCUGGUCAAAGGAGCCAAAAAUCUCACUGCUGUCAAGUCCGGAGGCACUUCAGAUCCUUUUGUGAAAGGAUAUCUCCUCCCUGACAGCAACAAGUCAACAAAGCACAAGACGGUGGUGGAGCGGCGCACUGUGAACCCGCAGUGGAACCACACCUUCACCUACUGCGGCCUGCAGCCAGGAGACCUCAACAACGUCUGCCUGGAGCUCACCGUGUGGGACAAAGAAGCCCUGGCCAGCAACGUCUUCCUGGGAGGAGUGAGGCUCGGCGCGGGCACAGGCCAAAGCUACGGGAACGAGGUCGACUGGAUGGACUCAUACGGGGAGGAGCAGCGGCUGUGGCAGCGCAUGAUCGAAAACCCAGAAGUCCCUCAUGAGUGUACUCUGAUGCUGCGAUCCAGCAUGCGCAGAUGCAACACAUGAGCCGCAUCGAAGCCCAGGCAAGAGAGGAUUUAAAAAAGAAUAGGUGUGAAGGUGUGAAGAGUCUGACUGAAAUGCUCGUAAAGGAACAGAGAACGUCCCUCUCCCUACUUCUCCUGUUCAGCCAGUCAUGCCUUACACACUCAUCCACAUCCCGCCCUCCAAAAGCAUCUAGUUUUGACCGAGCACUGCUGUUUACUGCUGUAUAUGAUAAAAAAAAACAUGUUGUGUGUAACUUACUGUACCUAGCCGAAUAAGCACACGGUGUGACUCCUAAUGUGUCCGUCCUCGUCUCUGUGGUUCAUGAACCAGAGUCACAUCUGCAUGUGGUUGCAGCUGACGGAGACCAUUCGUUCAGGCGUCCGACGAGGCGCUGAUCAAUAACGUAGAGACUUAGACAUUCCCUUUAUCAGCAACCGAGCUGCAUCCUGGUCUGAAGCACACGAUGACGCUGAGAUUCAUCCUCUUAUUAACAGCUGUGUACAGAGGUGGAAAGUGACUAGUUCCUCUCAGUCAAGGAGCAGAUUUUAUUGUUACUGAUGAUAAAAUACUGAAGUAAAAUGACAAUAAUGGCACUUUUGAAGACAUUUUAAUCUGUUUAUGUGUUGUUAAUCUCUGCUGCUCUCCACACAAAUCUUUUCUUUUCAAGCACUCUUGUACACUGCUUUAUGCUCUGUUAUUGUAUUUGGAGUUAAAGUAUAGAUACUAAUUUUAGAAUCCCAAAACUAGGAGCUGCAACUCUAUCAAUAACUUGGUUAAUUAUUUAUAAAAGAUUCCUGAAAAAUGACGCAAAUUUCCAAAGUUGUGUCAAAGUCUAACACCCAAACACACUCAGUAACCUCAAUUAAAUAAGAAAGCAAACAAAGUAACUAAUUAACUGAUUAUUUUCAUGAUGCAUUUAUGUCUCUUUAAAGCCAUCAUCAAUUCAGAUGUUUUUUUUCAGCACUUUGCUUGACAUUCACAGCAGCGUCAGCUCUAGUUUAGGGUUAAUUAUCAAAUAUUUGCAUGCAAACUGACAAAACUAAGAUGGUGAACAGUUAUUAAAUGCAAAUUCCUAAUUAUUUUAUGUUAAUCAAUGGUAAUCUCUGCUGCUCUCCAAAGAAAUCUGUUAUUUAUUAGCACUAUUGCAGAUCGCUUUAUACUCUGUUAUUGUACUUUGAGUUAAUAAAAAAAAAAAAAUUUAAGAAUAUAUUUUAAAAAAAGAAAGCUGCAACUUGGUCAUUAACAUGAUUAAUUAUUUAUAAAAUGCCAGAAGAUUUGUGAAAAAUGGCACCAAAUUCAAAUUUUCCAAAGAUUGUGUCAAAGUCUGAAACUGAGGGGUGGUCCGUAGCGUAGUGGGUUACACAGGCGCCCCAUGUAUAGAGGCUACAGUCCUCGCUGCGGUGGAGCCGGCCUGAGCUCCCUUUACCGCAUGUCCUUCCCUCUGUCACCCCCUUUCUAUCUGUCUCUCGCUUUCAAUUCAAAAGCAUGUAAAAUGCCAAAAAAAAUAAUCUUUAAAAAAAAAAAAAGUCUGAAACUGAAAGACUCAAAUUACUCAGUUAAAUAAGAAAGCAAACAAACAUUCUGAGUGUAUUAUAAUAUUUUU